GACAUACCCACACAAUAUGGGCCAAUUUCGCAAGCGAUUCAACGAAAAGGCCAGAAGUGGUAUGCUUGCCAAGCAGGCCGCGCUCAAACGGGUGAGAAGCAGACAGUUCACAAGACAUAUGGACGACGGGACGAAGGAGACGGAGGCAGCUGAGCCGGUCAACCCCAACGCAGAGAUUCUCAAGCCGGUAACAGACGCCGAGAAAGAUGAGCGCAAGCGUAAAAUGACAGAGGAGUUGUUUGGUCCAAAGGAGACCAAGGUGUCGCGGUCGAAGAAGAAACGAAUGGAAAAAUACAUCGACCACCAGUUGAAGCGCGAGGAGAAGCAGGUGUUGUUCUCCAAGUUGGCAGACACGAAGAUGGACACAUCGCUUCUCAAGUCUUCCAAGUUGUUGGGGACGGGGAAGCAAACCAAGAAAGAGCAGUUUAUCGAAGCGUUGGAGCUUGAAGCCCAGGGCCGCGGCGAUGCCGAAACGAAGGAGACUUUGUAUGAGGAGAGAGUUGUCAAGGACUGGGAUGAUUCUCAGGAGUUUUUGACGAAAGCAAUUGAAGUGGAAGAAUUCCCAUCAACCGAUACUUCUUCGUUUAUUGAUCAGAGACCAGCCGCUGGUGGGUUUGGGUUUGCUAACUUGCCCAAGGUGGAAAAACUGGGGAAGAGAUCAUAUAGUUGGCGGUCAAAGGUAAUGGCUGAGGAUGCAAAGAAGAAGAAGCUUGAGGACGAUUAUUAUUCGAGCGAGAGUGGAGAGGCGACGGAAAUGGAAACAGAAGAAAGUGAAGCCGAAUCCGAGGCCGAACGUGACGCUACGGAGGAUAACGAAGCCGAAUUGGAUAGUGAGUCUGGAGCUGAAGAGAUCGAAGAGGCUGAAUCUAACGUUGAAUCUGAAGUUGAAUCUGACUCCGAUUCGGAUGAGUCUGAAUCUGACUCUCCGAGACUUCGUGGCCCCUCAGAAAAAGCCCAAUCUUUUAAAGCGUGGGCGGAACAACAGGUCAGAACCCUUGAAGGCCGUAUGGAAGUCACCAACAUCCCCCUCUCUUCUCUCCCAGAGGAGUACCAAAAUUACAAGCCAGCCUUCCGCGCGGAGGACCAGGCAUCCGACACGGAGGAAUUCAUCCCCAUCGACGAAACCUCUACGCGCAAGGCCUUCUACGUGGAUGUUGACAGACCCAACGAGAUACAGCUGGCACGCAUGCACCUCCCGGUGUUUGGUGAGGAACACCGCAUCAUGGAGGCGAUCCACCACCACGACUGCGUAGUCAUCUGCGGUGAAACCGGAUCCGGAAAGACGACACAGGUGCCGCAGUUCUUAUACGAGGCUGGGUACGGCGCCUCCGGUUCAGGGACCUCAGGAAUGAUUGGAAUCACACAGCCGCGUCGUGUCGCGGCGGUGUCGAUGGCAGAGCGUGUGGGAAAGGAAAUGGGUAACCACGGCGCGCGUGUUGGGUACCAGGUCCGGUUCGACGCGCGUGUGGAUGCGCUGACCAAGAUGAAAUUCAUGACCGACGGUGUGUUGCUCCGCGAGAUGAUGAACGACUUUAUGUUGGAAAAAUACUCCGCAAUCAUCAUCGACGAGGCGCACGAGCGGAAUAUCAAUACGGAUAUUCUCAUCGGUAUGUUGAGUCGUGUGUUAAAAUUGCGCGCACAAUACCACGCGCGCGACCCCACACGCUACACACGUCUCAAGUUGGUCAUCAUGUCCGCAACAUUGCGUGUGUCGGACUUUGCUGAGAACAAGCUUUUGUUUCGCACACCACCGCCGGUUCUCAAGGUGGAAGCGCGCCAGUUCCCCGUCAGUGUGCACUUCAACCGCCGCACAACGUUCAACUACCUUGACGAAGUGUUCCGCAAGACAUGCAAGAUCCACCAGAAGCUUCCGCCGGGUGGGAUCCUCAUUUUCCUCACAGGGCAGCAGGAAAUUCAGACCGUGGUGAAGCGCUUGCGCAAGGAGUUCCCGUUGGCGAAGCGUGCGCGCGCGUACGACGAGGACGUCGCCAUGAAGGUGAGCGCAAAGCACGCGGACACCGAAGCCGAGGAGAUCGACUUCAGCGUGCGUGUAAAUGAAGAGGAAGAAGAGGAGGAUGACUACGACUCUCAGGAUGAAGAAGGCUUUGAGGAGACCCGUGAGGCGGGCCAGACAGAUCGCGAUCCGUUGUACAUUCUUCCACUCUAUUCGCUUCUUCCUACCCGCGACCAGAUGAAGGUGUUUGAGGAACCACCAGCUGGCUCACGUUUGUGUAUUGUUGCAACCAACGUGGCUGAAACAUCUUUGACAAUUCCAGGUAUUCGCUACGUCGUAGACUGCGGGCGUGCGAAGGAGAGAAAGUUCAAUGAGGAUACGGGAGUCCAGAGCUUUGAGAUCGACUGGAUCUCAAAGGCGUCCGCGGGUCAGCGUGCGGGGCGUGCGGGGCGCACUGGUCCCGGUCACUGCUACCGUCUCUACUCGUCUGCGGUGUACGAGCAAGACUUUGUGCAGUUUGCGCAGCCCGAGAUCCUCCGCAUGCCGGUUGAAAGCGUAGUACUCAGCAUGAAGAGCAUGGGAAUUGACACGAUUGUCAAUUUCCCGUUCCCAACCCCACCAGACCGCCAUGCGUUGGACCGUGCGGAGAAGUUGUUGCUGUACCUUGGCGCGUUGGACGCGGACAGGCGUGUGUCUGAGUUGGGGCGCGCGAUGAGCUUGUUCCCGCUUAGUCCACGCUUCGCAAAAAUGUUGAUUGUUGGGAACCAGCACGCGUGUCUUGAGUAUGUGGUUGCAAUUGUGUCGGUGUUGUCGGUGGGCGAGCCAUUCCUCACCGAGCUCGAGCUCGGGAUCCAGGAAGUAAAGCCAGUAGGGGAUGAGGACGUGCCCGUGGAGUCGUAUCGCGAACAGGAGGCUAAACGCGCGCUUCGCGCAAAGUUCCACCAGUCGCGCAGACAGUUUGCGCGUCUUGAUAAGUGCAGUGACGCGUUGCGUCUCCUCUCGGCCGUGUGCGCAUAUGACCACGUACCGCGCGACGCGCGCGCGGCGUUCCUCGCAGAUAACUUCCUCCGCCCAAAGAUCAUGGAAGAAGUCAGUCGCUUGAGACAGCAGAUUGCCAGUAUUGUUAGAGUUAAUACCGCGAAGGAAAGUAUUGCUGCGACAGUUGAUGCUGAGGUGAAGCUCGCAGUGCCGUCGAAGGUUCAAAUCGCGGCGUUGAAACAGAUGGUUGCGUCCGGGUUUGUUGACCAGGUGGCCAUUCGCGCGGACCUUGUCACCAGCGAAUCCGUCACCAACAAGAGCAACGUGAUCAACAUUCCGUAUCUCUCCCUCUUCCCGUCGAUGACCCACGGAGAGGAGGUUGACCCGUCGGUGUACAUCCAUCCGGGCUCGAUCUUGACCAACCUUGGUGAGUUGCCUCCGCCGUACUUGGUUUACCAGUCGUUGAAUUUGGGUUCCAACCGCGUCGCUGGGAAGAUUUCCAAGUUGCGCAUGAGGCCGUUAACGGAUAUCGGUGGCAAGCCGUUGGCGAACAUCGGCAAGAGCAGUGGUUUGGUAACGUACUCCAAGCCGUUGGGCCAUCCGUAUGCACCAAAGAAUAUUACCGCGACGAAGCGUGAGUGCUACGUGGUUCCGCGUAUUGGCGCGGCCAUAGGGUCGGGCGGGGUCGGCUGGGACUUGCCGGCAAAGAAGGUGGUGCAGAACAGGGUGAAUGGGCAGUGGGUUAUUGAGUAGAGCACCGUUAUGUGAUGUCGCGAGCAUGGUGCUUACCACGUAAUCCAAAGAACCACGAUUGUGUA